GCCCCGCCGCCCUCCGCCACCAUGUACCUGCACCCGGAGGCUGCCAGCGCAGGGACCCCCUCCCGCGACGUCCUCCUGGUCUCAGCCAUCAUCACCGUCAGCCUUAGCGUCACCAUCGUCCUCUGCGGGAUCUGCCAGUGGUGCCAGCGGAAAAUGGGAAAGCGUUACAAGACUUCCCUGGAGACCGUGGGAACUCCAGAUUCCAGCCGAGGCCGCAGCGAAAAGAAAACCAUCAAUGAUCUAGACAGAGACUUUUGGAAUAACAAUGACAACACAGUGCAGCAGAAAUGGAGCUCCUACCCUCCCAAGGAGUUUAUCCUAAACAUUUCUCCUUACGCUCCAUAUGGUGAUCCGCGCCUUUCCCUCAAUGGCUCUCUGUUAUCAGGGGCCAAGCUGACGGCGUCGGCCGCCGCCGGGCUGUCCGGGGACCGCGACGGCCGGCCCGGGGACAAGCAGCGGCUCGGCGAGGAUGGAAUGAGGAGCAGCGUGUCCGCCCACAGUGAGCCCGAAGCGGGAAAGGCGGCACGGGGCCGCUGGCACACGGUGCAGAGCCACUUGGCCGCAGGGAAGCUCAGCCUGUCCAAUUUCGAGGACUCCACCCUGUCCACAGCCACUACCCUUGAGUAUAUCCCCACCUCAGCAGGCGAUCCCAAAUUCCAGAGGCCCCGCACGCUCAUGCGCCAGCAAAGUCUGCAGCAGCCCCUGAGCCAGCACCAGCGCGCCAACCACAGCCAGCCCACCACCAGCCAGAGCCUGGGCCACCUCCAGGCCCACAGCGGCUCCGCCGCCGCCGCCGCCAACUCCCGGGGCUCCCGCGGGGGCCCGGCGCGCCAGGGCACCGCCGCCGGCUCCAAGCAACGGAUGGCCGGGGGCCGGAGCCGCUCCAACCCCGGCAGCUGGGACCACGUGGUGGGGCAAAUCCGCAACCGCGGCUUGGACAUGAAGUCCUUCCUGGAAGGCCGGAUGGUGGUGUUAUCCCUGGUUUUGGGACUCUCAGAGCAAGAUGACUUUGCCAAUAUUCCCGACCUGCAACCCGCUGGGACGCAGCCGAACCAGGCGAACGCUCAGGGGGACAAGAGGUUGCCGGCCGGUGGGAAGGCUGGGAAUGUGGCACCAGCGCCGGGGCAGCCGCCUCACGACGAGUCCGACCGCAAGACGGAGCCUCAUUCCUCCGUCUCCGACCUGGUCAACUCCCUGACCAGCGAGAUGCUCAUGCUCUCCCCGGGCUCUGAGGAUGACGAGGGCCACGAAGGCGUCAGCCGGGAGAAUCUGGGUCGCAUCCAGUUCAGCGUCGGCUACAACUUCCAGGAGUCCACCCUGACCGUGAAGAUCAUGAAGGCGCAGGAGCUGCCGGCCAAGGACUUCAGCGGCACCAGUGACCCCUUUGUUAAGAUCUACCUGCUGCCCGACAAGAAGCACAAGCUGGAGACCAAGGUCAAGAGGAAGAACCUCAACCCACACUGGAACGAGACUUUCCUCUUUGAAGGGUUCCCCUAUGAGAAGGUGGUGCAGCGGGUGCUGUACCUCCAGGUCCUGGACUACGACCGCUUCAGCCGCAACGAUCCCAUCGGAGAGGUGUCCAUCCCACUCAAUAAGGUGGACCUGACACAGAUGCAGACCUUCUGGAAGGAUCUGAAGCCCUGCAGUGAUGGCAGUGGGAGCCGCGGGGAGCUGCUGCUGUCGCUGUGCUAYAACCCCUCGGCCAAUUCCAUCGUGGUGAACAUCAUCAAGGCGCGGAACCUCAAAGCCAUGGACAUCGGGGGCACCUCAGAUCCCUACGUGAAGGUGUGGUUGAUGUACAAGGACAAGCGGGUGGAGAAGAAGAAGACGGUGGUGAUGAAGCGGUGUCUGAACCCUGUCUUCAACGAGUCCUUCGCCUUUGACAUCCCCACGGAGCGUCUGCGUGAAACCACCAUCGUCAUCACCGUCAUGGACAAGGACCGGCUGAGCCGCAACGAUGUCAUCGGCAAGAUUUACCUGUCGUGGAAGAGCGGUCCCGGCGAGGUGAAGCACUGGAAGGACAUGAUCGCCCGCCCGCGGCAGGCGGUGGCACAGUGGCACCAGCUGAAGGCCUGAGCGCUCCCAGACCGCGGGCUCAGGGUCCCCCUUCCCAGCUCCCAGCCUGGGACCGGCGGGAGGAGGGGGACAGAGCCCCCCAGCUCCCCGGGUUCGCCUCUCCCUGGGGUGUGCGGGGUGCGGAGCCGUUCCCAAGCCCGGCCGAGGAGGUGCCAGAAGCGAUGUCCCCCCCAUCCCUCUCCCCACCACCGGGCAGGACUUCUGCGAGUGCUUCCAGCCCUGCACCCGGAGCCCCUCGGACCCUGCCCGGCCUCGCCCCGCCCCAUUUCAGGGGUUCAGGCUGCGGGGGCAAGAGGGACCCCCUCCCUCCCUCCCCUUUCAGCUCAAUAAAACCUCUCAGAGCCGCCAGCGGAGCCACGGAGCCCCCCCUGCCCCGCCCCAUCCCCGCCGCCUCCCCCCCGACCCGAGUCCCCGGGGCGGGCGGGGGACACCGAGGGGAGGGGACAGCCCCUUUUCCUGGGAUCGGAAGCCAUGACACAGUUCCUUACCCAAAGCGGGCUCCUCCGUGCACUGCCUUCAGCCGGGUUCGAUGCUUUACCUCCGUCUUGGGGCUCGGCAGGAGCAGGGGGGUCCCUAAGCCGCUCGGGGGCCCCCCGGUCCUGCUCUCCCUCCCACCCCGGGCAGGUGGGGACACCUCGGGGGGAUGCGGAGCUCCACAGGGUCCYUUUCCAGCCGGGUGCCCACCACUGGGGAUAAAGGGUGGACCGAGGGCUGCGCAUCCCAGGCGGGUGACAUUCCCCGGGCUGGUGGCAUUCUCCGGGCCAGCCAGCCUGGCAGGAUCGGUGCCAGCAGCAGCGUCCCCGUGGAGCCCCGGGGUGCAGAUGCCAGACCCCUGCCCGCUCCCUAGGACCCCCCAAAACCAGGGACGGACCCACCUGGGAGCUCCACAGGGAUCAGRGGGGUGACAACAGGGUCGGCGGUGGCUCUCCAUGGUGGACGCCAGAUCAUCCUCAGUCUUCCUGCUUCCCCCGUGGCACCCUCGGUUCCCAGCAGCUCCCGCAGCCCCAAUUUAGACGAUUUUGGACAAUCUGGAGAGAAGUCAUAAUACUGCUAUUACAGUAAUAACAACGCUUUUAGGGACAUUUGUAUUUUUGUCAUAUUCUCUCUUUUUUUAACAUAAAAGAAGACUUACAUGCCUGGGGAAGGGGUGGCAGGGCCAGGGCUCUGCCAAGCCGGGUGUCCCCCCGUGGCCCCUCAGGCACCCCGCUUUUCCAGGCUGGAUUCCUCAUCCGCGGUCGGGCUCCCCGGGGGUUUGUGUGUUCAUUUUUAACUCUAGAGCUCGUAGCCGUGAUCUUGUUCAGGUUCUCUCUUCUUCAUGUGACGGUAACAUCCAACUGGUGUGUAAAAUACAGAC